CUCAUCGAGAGCGAGUCUACAACAAACUGAUGUGCGGUUUUGGUUUCAUGGCUUACGGUUUUGAUUGCUGCCAUCGCUCAAUUGAUUUUCCACUAAUGCCAUCGAUUGGCACAACCGAAAUAAAAGUGAAAUGCAAAGUAUUAAAAAGCACAAACACAGCAACGCACCCACACACAAAGGCAAGCUGAAACUUAAACGUCAAAAUAAACAAUUUGUCAUGCUUUUAUUAAAAACGCACAAAAAAAAGAAGAAAAAUAAACGAAACGAAAAUAAAUGAAACUGGAAACAAAAAUAAGCGCAAGUCCAUCAUUUGACAUGAAAUUGAAUCGCAUCAGAUUCGCAUCGCAAUCGCAAAUAAGAAUAAACACACGACGACAUUCAAUUUAGGCCAAAACAUUCAAACUUAAAUAGGAUUAGUUGCGGCUUGCGUUAAAUAGUGGAAUGAGCUCCAUUUAUUUGUUCAGUUAAGCGAUAAGUGAAAAUCAGCAUACAAAAAAAGCCACAAAAAAGAUUUGAAUUAAUUCCAAAUAGUAACACACAAAAUUCGAUUUAGAAUAAAAUGCAGAAAUAGAAUUAAAUAAAGAGACAAAAACAAGC